AUGGCCAAGAAGGUGUAUACAUCUCUGGAAACAUCAGAGCUGGACGAUGUCUCGGUUAGAACUGCGCUUCACGGUGCGGUCGUUGCUUUGAGAGAUGAGUGGGUCCAGCAAGAGGAGGAAGCCGGACGUGGAGAGACGAGGGGAGAUAGGAAUCUUGAGUUGUGCCAGUGGUCAUCGCGAGAGAAGGCAUUCGCCAGCUACGUUGCGGUCAUGUCUCGAACAGCAGACAGAUUACAGCAGCCAUAG